AUGCUUAGUGCUGAUGCCUCCUUCAGCUCCAGGCAGGAGCUCCUUGACCUUCAUGGCCUCUCUUUGACCAGAGGUCCCUCUCUGGACACACCCAGCCCUGUGGACUCUCAUCUCACAGACUCAGGACCCAGAAGCGCUGAAACUCCCGUUCAACAAUGCAUUUUCACUGGAGCUUCCACCUUUCCAGAACAGAUUCAUGGGAAGCAAGCGACCCCUUGCACAGAGUCACAGAUUAGAUCAAAUCAAACACCCACAGAGUCGGUUCAACUUUGUGGCUGGGGGGCUCUGACACCCAAAGCUAUCCAAGUCUUCAACACUCCACGCUGGGUGUUGUUUUUUCUGUGUGUGGCCUCUUUCCUCCAAGGGAUGAUCAUAAAUGGCUUGAUCAACACAGUGGUGACAACUAUUGAGAGGCGCUUCGACCUGCGAAGCUACCAAGCGGGUCUCAUCGCCAGCUCCUAUGAUAUAGCAGCAUGCGUUUGUUUAGCCUUUGUCAGCUACUUCGGCGGAACGGGCCACAAGCCUCACUGGCUUGGUUGGGGGGUGCUUCUCAUGGCACUGGGUUCUCUGGUCUUCGCCCUGCCUCACUUCACCACGCCACCUUACCAGGUCAAUCUUCCUGAACAAACUGAAAUAUGCUCUGCCAACCGGACCAGCUCGUGCCAGAACCAAGAAGUUGGGGGAUUGUCCAACUAUCGAUUUGUAUUCAUGCUGGGACAAUUUCUGCAUGGUGUCGGUGCCACACCUCUUUACACCUUGGGAGUCACGUAUCUGGACGAGAAUGUUAAGUCAAGCUACGGGCCUGUUUACACCGGAAUCUUUUAUACUGCAGCCAUUGUGGGUCCAGCAGCAGGUUAUCUGCUCGGGGGUUACUUCCUCAACAUUUACACUGACAUCAACCUCAAGACAAGAAUGACUCCAGAGAACCCUUUGUGGGUUGGUGCUUGGUGGAUUGGCUUCCUUGUCGGAGGAGCAGCAGCAUUGUUGGUGGCCUUUCCCAUCCUGGGCUACCCAAGGCAGCUGCCAGGUUCUCAGGAGCAUAAGGCCAUGCGCGUGUCUGAAGCCCACCAGCUCAAAGAUGGCAGUCAUACCACAGCUUCUGACCCUCAGUUUGGCAAAUCUGUGAAGGACAUGCCAAAAUCUGUACUACUUCUCCUAAAGAAUCCCACCUUCUUGUUUUUGUGCUUGGCUGGUGCUACAGAGGCCACCCUCAUUGCUGGCAUCUCUACAUUUGGUCCAAAAUUCUUGGAGUCUCAAUUCAGUUUCAGUGCAUCUGAAGCUGCCACAUGGUUUGGCUUCAUGGUGGUCCCCGCAGGAGGCGGGGGCACCUUCUUCGGGGGCUAUAUCGUAAAGAAACUGAACCUCCGCUGCCGAGGCAUCAUUCGUUUCUGCAUGAUCUGCGCCAUAGUCAGUCUGAUCGCCAUCUUCAUCUUUCUCUUCCACUGCCCCAAUCCACCCUUGGCCGGCAUCACUGCUCCUUAUCAGUCUGCUCUCAAGAGCCCGAUGGACCAGUUCAAACAGCUUUAUGACCAACCCAAUCGUCUGGGUCCAGGAAACAGCUCUUCUGUACCAGAGGGCUUAAUAGUGGGCUGUAAUGCAGGUUGUGGCUGUGUCGAGGAGCUAUACAACCCAGUGUGUGGUUCUGAUAACAUCAUGUAUUAUUCCCCCUGUCAUGCUGGUUGCACCUCCAUCAACCACACAGAAAACGCUACAGGCAAAAAGGUUUACUCUGAGUGCAGCUGUGUGGAUGUAAAGAACGUCUCCUUGGACCAGAAUGGAAUUGCUACAGCAGGAAAGUGUAGUACCACCUGUCACCAUAUGCCAGCCUUCCUAUCAUUCCUCUUCAUCCUCAUCCUCUUCACCUUCCUCUGUAGCAUCCCGGCGCUCACUGCCACACUCAGGUGCAUGCCAGACAGUCAGAGAUCCUUUGGACUUGGCAUCCAGUGGAUUGUGGUGCGCACAUUAGGUGUCAUCCCGGGACGCAUUGCAUUUGGAUCCAUGAUUGACAUUUCCUGCUUGCUGUGGCAGGAUCAGUGUGGGGAGCAGGGCUCCUGCUACCUCUAUCAAAACUCUGCCAUGAGCCAAUACACACUCCUUGCUGGAGUCAUAUAUAAGUUUUUGGGGGUAAUCUUCUUCAUGCUGGCCAGCAUCCUGUACCAGCCUCCUCCAGAGUCGCCUCAAAGCAGCAAUGGAAGUAGUGACCACGAAACCUGUGACAAGAGCGACUUUCCCGUCGACCUGGCUACAGACGUUGUCAUCGUCAACCCGCAUGCCAGCGCUGUACUGCUGAUAUGCUCAUGUCUGAUCCUAUCCAUCCUGGUCACCCCCAAAGAGAACCUCAGCAUCUUCGUCUCUGCCACCUCCAGCUCUUCCUCCUGUCUUUUCUUCAAUGGCGUUGUCUCCAGACCAAACAACAUCGCCGAUUAUGUUGGCGAGCUGAUGUCGGCGGUGGAGAGGCUGGUGCAGGACAUCAGUGACGUAGAGCUGGAUGAAUGGGAGGUGAUACCGGCUGUGCCCGACGCUAGGAGGUUACCCAUCAGCAGCAGCUGUCAUCGACCUGACAAAGAACCGGCGGUCCAGGACCAUGUUGGCAAAAAGACAAACUACAGGUCUCAUCGAAUAAUAGAUGAAAUGCUGGAAAUUUUAGCCACUGUGGUGGAAGAGCCAAUCCUCCAGGACAUCCAAUCCUCUGUUGCUAUUGGGAUAGAGGUAGAUGAAAGUACAGAUCUGUCUGUCACAAAACAGCUGGAUCUGCAUGUUAGAUAUCUGAACAAGGAAGGAGACCUUUUCAGCCAGUUCCUUGACCUUGUUCCUAUUAAUGAUGGAAAGGCAAACACUAUUGUGGCUAUAAUAAAAGAGGUGCUGUACAAAAAAGGGAUCCCUACUGGACGGCUGUAUGGGUUGGGGACGGAUGGAGCAGCUGUGAUGACUGGGAAGACGAAUGGUGUGGCAAAACAGCUGCAGGAUGACUUCCCCUGGUUGCUGCCAGUAGCGUGUGCAGCACAUCGCCUGGCCCUGGCAUGUAGAGAUGCUUCAUCUCAUGUUGCCUAUAUGUCCACCUUCAGAGACCACUUGCAGCAGCUACAUCUGUAUUUUCACAACAGUGCCAAUAGAACAGCUGUCUUAAAAAGUGCAGCACAGUCCCUUGGAUUGGAUGCCUUGAAAGUAACGGAGGUAAAAGACACCCGCUGGCUCUCUCAACAUUUGGCAAUCGCCAAACUGCAGAGAAACUUACCUGCAGUUUUGGCUGCUUUGGCUGAAGAGACCGAGGUCCCAGUGACAAAGGGAUGCCUGAGAUCAAUUAAAGAUGCUGCAGAUAAACAGCCAAUAGGCUCUUUCCUUGCUCGGCUACAUGAGGACCUGGAAGCACCUGCUGGCCUGGGUGCAUUUCAGAUUACACAUGAAGAGGAGAGGCACAAGAGAUGCAGAGGCCAAGAAGAGGAGCAGACAAGGAAGGGGCAUUGGUUUCGCUUUAGAACUCAGGUAAUGGAGCCUUAUCUGGAUGGCCUGGUGGAAAAUAUCAAUAGACGUUUUCAACACUUGGAUGUGCUUGGAGCAUUUCAUGUACUGGGACCCCAAGCAACCAAAGAGGAUGAUUCUGUUAAUAUACAACAUCUUCUGACCCUGUCUGCUAAGUUUCUUGGAAGGCCAGACAAUCCAGAACUUCUCCAAGAAUGGUUAGCAUACAAGCAUCUGCAAGCCGGUGCCUUCAAGAAUAUGGACCAGCUUGGCAUGAUGUCGAAGAUGGCAUCACAGAGAGAGGAAUGGGGAGUACUGUACCCUUCCUUGAGUCAACUGUCUGCCAUUGCAUUGACAGUCCCCAUUUCAACAGUUAACUGUGAGAGAGAUUUCUCUACAAUGAACAGAGUGAAGACAGACCUAAGGAACAGGCUGCAGGGGGAUCACCUAGCAGCUUGCCUUACAUUAAGUAUAAAUGGACCACCUAUUUCCGAUUUCCCACGAAGUGAGCAAUUGAGGAUGGAGGAUGACGUUGGUGAGCUCCAGGAAGAGCCUCCAGCGCCCGAUGAGAGGCAUCAGCAACAGGGAGAGGAGGAUAUGGGAAUGAUGCGACAACACAAAGAGGCAAUGGAGAUUGCUUGUAGCAUCGGCGACGAAUUGUCCCAGGUGAGGAAGGAACAAGCAGCGUUAAGUGAUGCUGCCGCUGGUCACGAAAUGGUCAGGAAAAUCAUCACGAAGAUCCGGGAUCAAGAAAGGCUCGCUCGCUGGAACCGGACAAGGGCAGAUGACGACUAA